CUCCGCCGCCGCCCGCCGAGGAGGGGACAGCGACAGUCGGGAGCACGGGAGAGGGACGCACCCUCCCCCGCCGCCAACCCGCUUCCUCCUCCUUCUCCUCCUCCUCCUCCCCCGCCUCCGCCUCCGCCUCCCGGCCGGGAAGAGCUCGCCGUGCCCGCUGCAGCCCCGCUGGAUGCACUGAGCGCUCGGGCGCGGGGAGAGAGGGGCAGGAGGGAGCCGGGAGCCCCGCCGCGGAGGCGCUGCGCUACCCGGAGCCUCACGGCCGUUUGCUUUAAUUCUUUUAUUGCCCCCCGGCCGCCUCCUCCUCUCUGCCCGCGGGAGCCAGCCGAGGCGGCGGGGGCUGCAUCCCCCCUCCCCCCCUUUUUUUUUUUCAUUUUUUUUUUAAAUUUUUAUCGCCGCCAUGGGAUGUACCCUGAGUGCUGAGGAAAGAGCCGCCCUGGAGCGGAGCAAGGCCAUCGAGAAGAACCUGAAGGAGGACGGGAUCAGCGCGGCCAAAGAUGUGAAACUACUCCUGCUCGGAGCCGGAGAAUCGGGAAAAAGCACCAUCGUGAAGCAAAUGAAGAUCAUCCAUGAGGAUGGCUUCUCUGGAGAAGAUGUGAAGCAGUACAAGCCAGUGGUCUACAGCAACACUAUACAGUCCCUGGCAGCUAUUGUCCGUGCCAUGGACACCCUGGGCAUUGAGUACGGCGAUAAGGAACGACGGGCUGAUGCCAAGAUGGUCUGCGAUGUCGUAAGUCGGAUGGAGGACACAGAGCCCUUCUCUCCAGAGCUGCUGUCAGCUAUGAUGAGGCUCUGGGCAGACUCUGGGAUCCAGGAAUGCUUCAACCGGUCCCGGGAAUAUCAGCUUAACGACUCAGCCCAAUACUACCUAGACAGCUUAGAUCGAAUUGGAGCUGCAGACUACCAGCCCACGGAGCAGGAUAUCCUCCGAACCAGGGUCAAAACAACUGGCAUCGUAGAAACCCAUUUCACAUUCAAAAACCUCCACUUCAGGCUCUUUGAUGUCGGGGGCCAGCGGUCAGAGCGCAAGAAGUGGAUCCACUGCUUUGAGGAUGUCACAGCGAUCAUCUUCUGCGUGGCGCUGAGCGGCUACGACCAGGUGCUCCAUGAAGACGAAACCACGAACCGCAUGCACGAAUCUCUGAAGCUUUUUGACAGCAUCUGCAACAACAAAUGGUUCACAGAUACAUCUAUCAUCCUGUUUCUAAACAAGAAGGACAUAUUUGAGGAAAAAAUUAAGAAAUCUCCACUGAGUAUCUGCUUUCCUGAGUACACAGGCCCCAACGCUUUCACGGAGGCGGUGGCGUACAUCCAGACUCAGUACGAGAGCAAGAACAAGUCGGCCAACAAGGAGAUCUACACUCACAUCACCUGCGCCACCGACACCAACAACAUCCAGUUCGUGUUCGACGCCGUCACGGAUGUCAUCAUCGCCAACAACCUGCGGGGCUGUGGACUCUACUAAAGGCCCUCCUCCUCCUCCUCCUCCUCCUCCUCCUCCUCCUCCUCCUCUCCUGCCACCGCCCGGAGCCUCCUCUGCUCCCCCGGACAGGUCCUCCCUUUCCUUGUUUUUUCCUCCUCAGAAGAUGACAAGGAAGAAAUGCAUAAUUCCCUCUUCCUCUCCCAGAAAACUCUGCAGCAAGUUCUGCUUUCCCCAGACCCAUUUUGUUUUAUUUUGGUUCAUUUUUUGGUUCAUUCCCUUGCUGCCCCGUUCCACUCCUCCGUUCCAAUUCACAGUGUUGUGCAGGGAGCUAACGCAUUUCCCACGAAGUGCAUUUCAACUGCCAAAAGACAAAAAUACUUCAGUUUUAAAGAGAGAAAAAAAUCAAAGCCUUAAAAUACUGGUCAGGAACAGUGUAGUUUGGAACCAAAACUUUUAUUUUGCCUUGAAAAUUAAGAUAUAUUGUUCAUUUUCCUGGUUAUUUGCCCUUUUUUAGUGUUUUCACUAUUCCUUUGGGAAGUGCUGAAUACAACCUGAUCAUUUUGAGGGUACCUUACAGCUCCAGUUCUGACCCCAAAGCUGGAGGGUUUGGUGUUGAAUGCAGCCACCAUAGCUUGGAUUUGUACAUUCUCCUUUUUUCAGACAGCUAUUUGAACAAGUAAAACAGCCAUAUCGAGUUCUGCUGGUGUCUGAGUAACAGGGACACAGUAACAAAGCCCACUAAGCCUUGUCUAAAAGCAUUCAUUACUGGUAGCAGUUUUACCUCAAGUUCUUCAAAAUUAAUGAUAAAAUUUAUCUAGUGGUUGCUGUAACCCAUUUCUGAGGCACUUCCAUGAAGGUCAUGGAGGCUCUGCGCUGGGACCCCUGGAGUGUAGGCAGUGAAGAUGCCCCAGGAAUGGUGUCCUGAUGGAGAUUCCACACUCAGUGGCAUCCUGACAAGGAAUCCAGCCUGAGGAGCUUUCCCACAGCACCUCCCAGCCUUAGUGAUUCAGCAGAGGUGGUGCUCCUGCAAACACACAGCAUCACUUUCCAAAUUUCAGCCUUGAAAUGCUGGGGAGCACAAAAAAUAUUUAGCCCUGGCUUCUUGUAGGCAGAGUCUGAAUGUCAAGUGCCUGAGAUAGGAAAGGUGCUUUGGGAAACCUCCCCAUGCUUGGGCAGCAGCAAAGUGUGCAAGAACCUCGUGGCCCUUCAUUGCCCCUUGGGCAUCUGGGCCCCUUGAGAAGCACAACCUUGUGCUCUGAGCCUCCUUGGCUGAGCACAGCCAGUGGCUUUCCUGUGUCACCUCCUGCCCGAGCAGGGCUGGUGUCUCCAGUCAGGGCAUCUCCUCACCAGGACUGAGAUGGAUGUUAACACUGGCAAAGGAGAGCUCAGGGUUUGAGUCAAGUGAUGGUGUAGGAAGGAAAAGUGCAAGGGAAGGAAGAAGGAAGGGCAGAGAAGAGGAGUGAGAAGGAUGAGGGUAGCACCCAGCACAGCAAAACUGGGGGCUCAGAGAGGACAAAUGCAGGUAGGCUGAGGUAUGUGUGGCCACCACCAAGAACUCUGGGUGCUGCUGAGUCAAAGGCAGAAGGGAAUGUGAGAGGUGGGAUGUUGCCUCUGGGGACAUGGAGGGACUCUGAGAAGUUCACCCUAAAAUCUUUUUAGUAGUCUUGGUGAGACAACCACCUCUAAGAUCCCACUCAGGGCCCACCUCACCUGGUGGGCAAUGUUGAUCCCUGCCUCUUCUCUGCCUCUCUUAGAAGUCCAUUACCUUGAAAAACAUGAACCUUUGCAGGCUGGCCAGAAGUUCAACUGUCCUCUCUUGGGAGCCUGAUCUUGGAGUGGCUUUCAGGUCUCAGGAGAUCUCUCCAGGCUGUGGUUGAGAGGGACAGUAUCUCUUCUCACUGUGCCCAUUUAGGAGAGAUGGUGUGAGAGCAGCCCAGAGCAGCACAGCCCAAAGGGGAGGGCCCAGGUGAGUGUCAGUGUGCAGGAGGCAGUGACAGGAACACAUAUGGUGGCACAGGAGGGAGAGGACAGGGGGAGAGGCUUAGGGAACGUUUUGGGAGACAAGCUGCAGAAGGGAGAUGAGGCAGAUUGAGACAGCAGGAAGAGUGGGAAGAGAAGGGACCUGGGAGCCAGAGGAGAGUCCCCACCAGGGGCUGUGCUCUGCCAGGACAGUAUUUCUGGGACAUUUGUGACAAAUCCCCAGCCAGGAUGUGAGCAAGCAGGGAAGGCCUGCAGAGGAAAACGAGGUGUCUGUCACCCAUCCAACCAGCUACAGCCCAGCAUGGCUGGUAACUGUCAGUAACCCCUAGAGAGCAUUAAAUGAUGCAUUUACCAUUGAGCAGCAAGGAGCUGCUGCUGCUCUGCUGGGCACUAACAGCAAUAACACAACUCACUGCCUCCCCUGCUCUGGCACAAGCCAGCACCCACCUUUCUCUUCACCAGCUCAGCCUUAAAAUGCCUCCAAUGACAUCCUGCAAAGAGCUGGCCAAAACCAGGAGCUCCUCUCUGCUCCUCGUGCCACAGCCCACCCACACAUCUGUCUGAGCCCCAGCAGCAGCACCCAGCAUCCACGUGGGUGUUGUGUCAAAUCAGGGCAGACAAACCACACUUUGGUUACAUUUGGUAUGUAACCCGUGUAACCACUGCACCCAGAGUGAUGAUGGCUGGUGCUGGCAGGCAUGCAGGUCUUUUAUUAAGCUCUAUAAGAAGAGUUUGAUCAGAAGCUCUGGAGUUUUGGAGAUGUUCUAUUCCCACCUCUUGCUGUGAAUGAUGUUUUAUCCAAGCAAAUAAGUACCAGAAGCUGUUCCCAGGGAAGGCAGCACCACACCAAGACUUAGUGAGUUCCCAGCAUAAAGCACACAGGAAUAUUUUGGUAAAGACAAUUUAAAUUAACUCCAAACUCUGCCAAAUGCUGUCAAGUGGCCAGUGCUGGCUCAGUGCACUUUUACUGCUCCCCAGGCUGUUUUCAGGUAACCCAUUCCCUGCUUUGCCAGCUGGGAGCUCCAAGGCCCCUCUCCCUGCUCCAGCAGGUCCCUGGCACAUUGAUGACCAUCAACAGCUGGUGCCCCGUGGGGAGAAAAGGGAGAAAAAGCAGAGGAAAUGUUGCCACAAAGAGCCUCUUCUUUCAUUUUCUUUGGCAUAUUGUGUGUCUAAAGCUUCAUCUCAGCUGCUGCUGCUGACAUUCCCUCCCUCACACGAGUGUCAUGAGGAUUCACUGACAAAUGCUGGAAGCAGCCUUUGGAAGAUGAAAUGCUUCCAGUGUUAAACACUACUAUUCCUCCUGCUUGAUGGCCGUGUAUAGAUUUGUGUCUGCAGAGCUCCUGCCAAAUCAUUACUCAUUGCUGGCUUCUGCAUCCUCCAAAGUCCUUCCUGACAGAUGUGCCUUCCACAGGCAAUCUUCUGCCCCGUGCUUUUUCUAAACACCAGCAAUCCUUGCUGCAGUUGCCUAAAAAGUACCUUGAAAUACAUUGCCUGCUUUCAAAAGCCUUUUCUUAACAGCCCCUUGUGCUUUGCAAUUGCUGUGCUUUGAAUCCAGACCCUUGGAGAUCCAGAGCUGUGUUUCGUUUGCAGUCUCCACAUAGCAGGGAUGUUGCAACUGGUACAGCUGCAUCAGAAAUCCUACCAGGGCAUGGAGGAUAGAUUUUAAAAGCACAAAAUGGAAACAGCUAUGUGUACACACUGCUGCCCUUCAAAGCUAAUUGGGAAUUUGCAAAAACACCAAAGAAACAAAAACUCCUUUUUUGGGAUGCAGAAGGUUUUUAAUGACUCAGGUCUCUGUUCCAGCAGCAGAAGCAUCCAAGGGGUGUCAGCAUUGAAAGUAGCAUUAGCAACUCAUGAUGAGCUACAGACAGCAGCAAAAAGAAAGAAGGAAGCUCCCUGUUGGCUUGCUCCAUAUUCAAUGAGAGGGUCAGUUGUGGAGCCAUGAGACCACAAAAAUGCAAAUAGCUUCUUUAUUUAAACAACAAUUUCAAUGAAAUAGAGAAAGCCACACAAGAAAAAUCUUGCAGAGCUGCCGGGCUGAGCUGCAGAGCUCCUUGGGAGGGGUGCAGUAGCUGGGCUGGCUGGGAGAAGGAGCAAUAACCAUGAACAGGGAAAGCACACGCUGAAACACACCGCCCGGCUGCCAAAGGCAGUUGUUAAUGUUGCCCGGAGAAGCCGCACACAGUCGGGUUUCCACGGGGGGCCGGAGGAGCCGGCGGAGCGGCAGCGCUGCGGGAGCGCCCGGCGGGGCCAUCUGGCGCUGCCGUCUGCUGAGCCCCUGCUGCCCUGCCCUCCCUGCAUGGCCACAGUCCCGCUGCCUGCCCGCAAACUCUUCCAACUACAUCUCUCUCAGGAGUUUUGUACCGGAAUUAGCUUCUUGCCUUGAGCCGGCUUUCCUGGACGGCCGGCCAGCCUGUCCCUCCAUGGAGGGGACAGCAGCCUCAGGAGGAGCCUGCCGUGCCUCCUCUGUCCAUGUGAUGUUGUUUCACGGGACGCUAAAAGUAUUAAUGAGGGCGGGCUUUAAUGUACAUUGAAACAUAUCUGGUGGGUUUAAUCUAUCAUGGCAUGAGCCCAGUGCUUGCCUGCAAGGGAACAGACCUUGUUCUCAGUCCAGGAGUGCAGUCUCCAAGAGGUCAGGAUGUGAUAUAGAAGAUGCCCUUUUGCCAGAAAUCCCCAUGUGCCCAGCCUCACUGUGCAGUUUAACAAGGCAGACAUGCCCCUGGGGGAUUUGCAGUCAGUGCUGGGAAGGGGACCAACCCUGCACUGUUAGUUUGUGUGACAUGUCCCAAGCCUUUUGUGGUCACAAAGUCUCCUGGAGCCAGGGAGAGUUGCUGAGUUCCUGGAAGAAGGCUGACCAUCUGUCAAGUCAAUUAGAGAAGCUUAGUUCCAGUGUGCUUGGGUGUUUUCAUGGUUUGUCUUCAGGCUUACCACCAAAAACUCCACAACCAUUUCCAAGGAGACUAAAACACUCAUUAGUGAUCUGACACUGGACAUGUCAAGGUCAGUAGAAAUGGUGUUGCUGAGCAUCACCCUGGGCACCCAGACCCAUCACUCACUUGCAUCCCCAGUGCAUACACAAGACAGCAGAGACAUGGUCCAAGUGGCACAAAAUUGCAGACCAUGGUCUCACCUCCACCUCCCUGCAGGACAGAGCAGGCAAACAGACCCCAAGGCUCCGAGACUUGAGGGUGCUGUGUCAUUUCUGAGCUCCAGCACUGACACGAGGUAAUUGAUGCUGACAGAUAUAGGUACAUGACCUAAAUAGUUAUACUGAGAAUGUGGCCAUGGGAAGGGACUUUGCGCAGGACCACUCAUGCCCCAACAAGCAGCCUGGGAGAUCUUUAUUUGUGUGCAAACACAAGCAAGGGCAGCCCUUAAACGCUGAUGCCUUAGUGAGAGGAGGACCAAAGCCUCCAGCUGGCACCCUGCAGGCAGAGGGAAAGGGAGCUGGAUUCAAGAAACAGCCCCAUCUCCCCAAGAGGGCAGCUCUGUUCAUGGACACUGGGUGCAGUAGGCACAGGGAGGAGAGACCAGGAGAGGAGGUAGAGGGGCGGGGAGCUGGCUGGAUGCUCACUGCUCCAGGCCCUCUUCCACCCAGUGUCUUGGAAAUUAAGACCCAGUCCUGAGUGUAGUGCAGGCAAGCAGCUCCAGAGCUAAAGCUGCUGCUCCAGGUGGGAAGAAGAGAUCAUGGCAGGCCAUACACCAUUUUCAGCAGUGCCUGAGUCUCACCAGCUUUUCCAGUGCUGGACCAACCUGGUGGUGCUGGGCAAGCAGAUAGGAUUGUUGAAGCAUCAGCCAUGGCCCUGUUAAUUAGCUCAGUCCCUAAUUUGUGCUCCUCAGCCCUAUUCCCCCACCUCUGUUUUCCCACUUCAGCUCAACAAGGGAAGAGUGACCAUCACCCUGCUGCCUCUGGGCUCUGCUCCCCAGCACAUUCCCCAGAGAUCGCCGGAGGCCGUCACCGUUUUCCUUUUGCUGGUUCCCGCUGAAUCAUUUCUCCUGCAUGUUUGAUGGCCCAAACUGUAUUAACUGUAAUUUUGUACGAAGAGUGACUGUCCAUUGGUUUAAUAGAGCAUUAGUAAUUGUAAUAAUUUAUUGGCUGUUGGUAAUGUAUUUAUUAGUUACAAAAUGUUAAUAAAGUGCCAGCUCUUUUCUAGUGUGA